AUGCUGCCGGCCGCCGGCGCCUCCCGGAGGCGACCUCUGACCCCCUGCCCCCUGGCCGGGGGGGCCUCCGCCCGGAGGCGACCUCUGACCCCCUGCCCCCUGGCCGCCGGCGCCCUGUGCUGGAACGUGGACGGUGGAUCUUCUCUCUACCAAACCUUCCCAGAAUGCCGAGUGCCGAACAUCGAGGUCCCCCAAAACCCCUAUGCCCGGGAGGCGGGGCUUCAGACCCGGUCCAGCUGGGAGGCGGGGCUUCAGCCAGCAAGCCCCUCCCACCUGAGCGUCUGUCAGCGUCUCCGCAAAGUCAUUGAGGAGCUGGUCGACACCGAGAGGUCCUACGUCAAGGACCUGCUGCGUCUCCUCCGUCUCUACAUGUCUCCGCUGCAGCAGCAGGAGUUUCUCACAGAGGAGGAGAUGGAGGCGCUGUUCGGCCUGCUGCCCCAGAUGUUGGACUUUCAGCAGGUCUUCCUGUGGACUCUGGAGCAGACGGUGGCUUCCUGCCCCGGCUUCAGCAGCUGGAGCCGGCCAGAGCAGUUCCAGACGCUGCUGGUCUCGCUGGGCUCCUCCUUCCUGCGCCACGCCGAAGGCUUCAAGCUGUACGGCGGGUUCUGCUCGUCUCACAGCAGGGUGCAGAAGGUUCUGGAGCGAGCCAGGACGGACGGCGCCUUCAAGCGCUUCCUGGACGGCAGGAAUCCCACCAAUCAGCACUCGAGCUCGCUGGAGUCGUACCUGAUCAAACCGGUCCAGAGAGUCCUGAAGUACCCCCUGCUGCUCCGGGAGCUGCUGGUCCUCACAGAGCCGGCAAGCCCCCAGCACACACACCUGGCUGAGGCCCUGGCCUCCAUGCUGAGGGUCGUCAGUCACAUCAACGAGACCCAGCAGAUCUACGAGGAGUACGGAGCGCUGUUCCAUCAGCUGACUGCGGAGCCGGGGGGGCGUGGCCAGCAGGUGGGGGACGUCUCCAUGGUGGACUUCCUGCUCCAGUCCUCAGCGGUGUGGCUGAACCCGCUGCCGGGUCUGAGGAAGGAUCCGGAGCUGACGCUGCUCGUCUUCAGGCGGGCCGUAGUCCUGGUCUAUCGAGACAACCAGGACCUGAUCCUCGAUGUUCCACAGACCGGUUCUCCGUCAGCUGAUCCCGACCCCUUCAGGUUCCGCUGGUUCAUUCCGGGUUCGGCUCUCCGGGUUCGACCGGCCUCCAUCGCAGGCUCAGGGGAUCCGUGUGUUUGGGAGCUGAUCCACAGCAGGUCGGAGGCGGAGGGACGACCGGAGACGGUGUUCCAGCUGUGCAGCAGUGGCUUGGAGACGAAGGCGAGCGUCCUGCGAGCGCUGCGUUCCCUCCUCCGGGAGCGAGCGCACCACCCCUCCCUCAGGACCAUCGCCAGACCUUCUGGCUUCUUCGGCGCAGCUUUGCUCCAUUUCGGGGAUCCAGGAGCUCACGGAGCUCCAGGCACUUGCAGAAUCUUCCGGCUGGUGUUUUGCUGGCCGCCGCCGCUCGAUGCCAGCGCUCCCUCCUCGCCGCCUCUCCCGCCGCUGUCCGUGCACGCCCCGGGCCGCAUUCCGCUCCACAUCCGCGGCUUUCUCCAGCCGUCACACCCGUUGAUUUACAGCCGCUGUAAUCGCACGGAGAUCAUCGCGUGUGUCCAUGUGGACACGUAA